AUAUUAACACGUCUCAACACCUAUGUGAAAAGGAGCGUAGCGUAACCAAGUUAGAGGUUGAUUAUAAUUUAGUUUCUUAUUGUAUUUUUUACUUCCAUGAGCUGAACAUAUCCUAAAAUAAGCGAAUUUGAAUAAAAAAAAUCUUGUUGGUCUCAUAGUGAUUCAAGUAAUUCAGCGUUAGUCGUUACUAGAACAGGCAGCAUCAAAAUGUUUAGAAGUAUAACAAAUGUUUCUUGCUCCAAAUUGCGUUAUUUAUUAAAUAAUAACGGGCUUAGAAGCAAAUUCAGCAACUAUAGAAGCGUCAUGCCAUUUUCGACCAACAAAUUGGCGCUUGAAGAUGAAAAGGUUAAAGUUUCCUUCGUGCUGCAUGAUGGCAAGCGGCUAGAGACGGAGGCGAAGGUCGGCGACAGCCUGCUCGACGUGGUGAUGAACAAUGACUUGAACAUCGAAGGUUACGGCGCGUGUGAGGGUACCCUGACGUGCUCAACGUGCCAUGUUAUCCUCAAACAGCAGGAUUACGAUAGGUUACCAGAAGAGCCAUGCGACGAGGAGCGCGACAUGUUGGACUUGGCCUACGGGCUGACGGACACGUCCAGACUUGGCUGCCAGAUAACCCUCACGAAAGACCUAGACGGCCUCGAGGUGCAAGUGCCGGAGACCAUCAACGACGUCAGGAGCUGAUGCAUGGACUUUGACGUUUGUGACGUAGUCAGGUAUUGUUGGGCUAGACCCCCCAUGUGUUAGGAUUGGGGCUCUACUUUAGUAAAUAGUGUUAUUAUAUUAUGUUCAAUUGUUUUUCAUAUUUUUAUCAUGAAAUAUGCGGGGGGGUCAAUGUACGCUUGUACAGUACCUUGACUACGUCCCUGUAGAAGAAUGUUACGUAAAAUAAAUAAUUAAGUUAUAUUACUAUUGUGUUGUUGAAUUUACUAGAUUUUGUAUAUGUAUAAAAACGCCGAAACUAAGCGACAGGGUAGUAGGAAUUCCUAAUGCCUUGCUCCCAAAUACCCUAUUAUUUCCUAAAAGCUGUAUUACUUAAAAUAAUGAAUGUAAUACAUUACACAGUUUAUAUAAUUUAAUUCUUACCGACGAGGACCUAUUGGAACAAGGCAACUUUGUAUUGUCAAUGCUGUAUCAUAUUAUAUUGGCAUAUACAUUAUAAUUUGUAAUAUGCACUAUUAAUAUAGAUAUCGCACAAAACCGUGACAAAACUGGUUAAAAUGUAAUUUUAUUGUGGGAUUUGUUCAAAAUAAAAUUAUAUUUGCAAGUAA